AUGGCAGCCAGAGCUUCCCAUAGCCACAGCUACCUCGGGGUGAUCAUGUCCCAUGAGAGGCAGUGGCUGGAGCAUUUCCAGCAGGCCGAGGACAUCCUGCUGACCCUGCUGGAAGAUGUCCAUGCAAGGGAGCCCCGCUUCCUUGUGGGCUAUGCUGGGAACCUGGAAGACUCCAAGUUCUCUCUCUGUGCCUUCGAGGAUGCUGUCACUGUGGAAGUCCUCCUGUAGACUGACAGCAAUGCCCUGCAGGUGCUGGCACUGGCAUACUGGCCUGGGGACACCCCAGCCAGGCACUGUCUGGGACUGGACACCUGUGGUAUCUGGAAGUGCUCUUGUGGGACUGACUUGGAGGACUGGACCAGUGCUGUGGGUGUGAUGGAGCAGGAAGGUGAUGCGGGGUGCCUGGUUCUGGGCAAAAUCCUCCAGCACCUGAAAGAGCUCCUUGUUUUGGCCAUCAUGCGCUGCCAGUGCUACUUCCUGCUUCAGCCAGGUACAAACCUUUCUCAUCUAGAAGAUGAAGAUGCCAUGGAGCUCUCCCUGCUGAUCCAUGAUAUCUGGAAGAUCAUUCACUUUGACACUGUCCCUGUGGUCAGGAGGUGGCAGGAGCUGCUCCAGCUCAAGAGGCAGCAAAGCAACAGGGAAUUCCCUGAAGGCAGCCUCUGGAAGGCCACGGAAGAGGCUCACUAUAUUCCUGACUCUCUCCAUUGCCGGUGGCAGUCAGAUCCCAGCACCUAAGCCAUCCUGCAGCUACCCACUGAGGACAGGUCCUGCUGGGACACAGCCUACUUUGUCAUCCUGCUCAACCAGGAAAUGCCAGACCCUCAGCUGUUCCACAUGUACCAGAUCCAGGAUGGCACACGCCACAUGGCAAUGUGUCAGCUCCUUUUCAAGAUCCAGCAAUAAAUCCCUCAGCAGAGCUAA